AUGGCUUAUCUUAAACUCGCUUCUUUGGUUGUCUUGUUUGCCACCUUCGGUAUGUUCCUGACAAAAAACGCAGAAGCAGAAUUUUCAUCGACGAUUGAUGAACACCCCAACUUAUGUGAGUCUGAUGCCGAUUGUGAGAAAAAAGGAAGUGGAAAAUAUUGCGGUCAUUAUCCUAAUCCAGAUAUUGAAUAUGGAUGGUGUUUUGCCUCUAGAUCAGAAGCAGAAGACGUUUUCUCUAAGAUUACUCCAAAAGACUUGUUGAAGAAUAUUGCGGGUGCUUAA